AUGGCACCUUGGGACCAGGAAGGGGGAGAACAGCCUUUCUUCCCACUGUCCACCUGUGAACAGGAGCGCUGGGCACAGCUGUCCUUCUCCGGAAGGACAUCUUUCUCCCUGAAGGAGCCGGGGACCGCCAGGUCCUUAGGUAAUCGAGACCUGGGGGAGAAUCUUACAGACCCGUACCCCCCCACAUAUGCGCUGGAAGACAGGAAAGUGAAACUGGCAUUGCAGCUCCGGUGCUGGGGCCGACGCUCACGCCUGGGGGCCCAGGCAACAACUCUUCCUUGUGUUUCAGAGCUAGGAGAGAGUGUGCUUCAGCGAAUCUCCGCGAGAGGCUGCUCCUUGCAUCUCGCCAUUCAAAGGGGCCCUGGGGCGAGAGCCCCAGCGGCCGCUGUCCCCUCGGCCGCCUCAGCAGGCUCCUGGGGGGAGAACUCGAGCUUCGUGCGAUGCAAUUUGUGUAUCCUUAUUCUAGACAAAUCUCUACAUAACAGAGAAUUAAGUGCAGAAAGACCUUUGAAUGAACAGAUUGCUGAAGCGGAAGCAGACAAGCUUAAAAACAUAUCCCCACCAGAAAACACACCAGGUGAAAGCAAUUAUUCUUUUGUUGAUAACUUGAACCUGCUAAAGGCAAUAACAGAAAAGGAAAAAAUUGAGAAAGAAAAGCAAUCCAUAAGAAGCUCCCCAUUUGAUAAUAAAUUGAAUGUGGAAGAUGUCGAUUCAACCAAGAAUCGAAAACCGAUUGAUGAUUAUGAUUCUACUAAGAGUGGAUUGGAUCAUAAAUUUCAAGAUGACCCAGAUGGCCUUCAUCAACUGGAUGGGACCCCUUUAACUGCUGAUGACAUUGUCCAUAAGAUCGCUACCAGGAUUUAUGAGGAGAAUGACAGAGGAGUGUUCGACAAGAUUGUUUCUAAACUGUUGAAUCUUGGCCUAAUCACAGAAAGCCAGGCACACACGCUGGAAGAUGAAGUAGCAGAAGCUUUACAAAAAUUAAUUUCAAAAGAAGCCAACAAUUAUGAAGAGGAGCUCAAUAAAUCCACAAGCAGGACAGAGAACCAGGCUGGCAAAACACCAGGGAGAGUGACUCCGAAGGCAAUAGUGCAAAAUGGUUUUACAAAUGGAGAAAGUGAUGAAACCGUAUCCAAUACGUUGACGUUGGCGAAUGGCUUGGAAAGGAGAACCAAAACCUACAGCGAGGAGAACUUUGAGGAGCUCCAGUACUUCCCAAAUUUCUACGCACUGCUGCAAAGCAUCGAUUCAGAAAAAGAGGCAAAAGAGAAGGAAACGCUGAUUACUGUCAUGAAAACUCUGAUUGACUUUGUGAAGAUGAUGGUCAAGUACGGCACGAUCUCGCCAGAGGAAGGUGUUGCCUACCUUGAAAACUUGGAUGAAACAAUUGCUCUUCAGACAAGGAACAAACUAGAAAAAAAUGCUACUGACAAUAAAAGCAAGCUUUUCCCAGCACCCUCGGAGAAGAGCCAGGAGGAGACAGACAGCACCAAGGAGGAGACCGCCAAGAUGGAGCAGGGACACGGCGCCCUAAAGGACUCCACCAAAGACAGCAGCUCCGCGCCCAGAGGGAAGGCAGAUGCCCCGAAAGGGAAAACAGAAGCCUACUUGGAAGCCAUUAGGAAAAAUAUUGAAUGGUUGAAGAAACAUGACAAAAAAGGAAACAAAGACGAUUAUGACCUUUCAAAGAUGAGAGAUUUCAUCAACCAGCAGGCCGACGCUUACGUGGCCAAGGGCAUCCUGGACAAGGAGGAAGCCAGGGCCAUCAAGCGCAUCUACAGCAGCCUGUGACACCGGCGGGGACCCAGGAGACCUUCUCAGAGCUCCAGACACCUCUGAUCCUGCAGUCAACAUCCUGACCCGAGGAAUUAGAAAGUGUUCAAUUUAUAGUAGUGAACCUUUUAGAAGUGGGUAAAAUGUAGCUUUCUUGCCAUUAAAAACUACCCAGAAAGUAAAGUUGUC